UAAAUCUUGCGUUUUUUAAUUACCUAUACUAACAUAAUAAUUUUAUUUCAGUGGUUAGUUUUUUUGACAUUUGUCGUUUUCGGUAAUUUGGUGUCACGAACAAUCUAGAUAGCGGAUACGAUUACAGUUAGGUUGGGUAUCAAAUGUUGAUUUCUUGUGUUAAAAUUAAAUUUCUAUUUUCUACGUUUACAAAUUCCAUAAAUGGUCCUAUACUCCUAUUUAGAUUUCUAAACUAUCGUCAUCCUGUUCAGUCAUCAUCAUCAUGAUUAUGGUAAGUAGUCUUUAUUUGAUUUAAAUUCAGUUAUUUCGAGUUUUACACAAAUAUUGCAAAUUCAUCAGAUAUUACAUCGGUGAUAAUAAUAAAAACGUUCUGCUCGAAAUAUUUAAUUUGUGAUAACGAUUUCAAUUUCAUCAUUCUUAUCGGUGUUCCCGACUUUCCCGUUGAUUUACCGUGUUAUUUAACAUUUGUACAGUUCAUAUAAUGAAAUUGGAAGAUUAAAAUUGUAUGCAUUUAAUCUUUUUCUAUAAUGUUAUGUGUCUUUUUGCAGUAGAUCGUGUCGUAUUUUUCACAUAAGAAUCUGUAACACUAGUUAACCAUUUUCAUCAAACUGGAGGAGAAUAUGGCCCAUCCAAUAAUUGGGCAGAAGUCUACUAGGAGGAAACAGUGGACUUUAUUGAGUAAUAUACCCAUUUACAAUAAGUUAAGUUUUAUUUUUAAUGUAAUGUGAUGUUUAAUAUAUAUAGAUCGAACACAAAACCGGUAUAAUCAUUUUGGAAGUUACUUAGCAGAAGACGGCUGGCCAGAUUCUCAGGUCGAUUUGGCAAAACAGUUAUUGAACGAGAAUUGUGGUACAUUUUGAUUUUUAAAUAUCUAUAAUAUUUAAAUAAACAAUUUUGUUUAUUUUGUACUUUUUAAAACAAAAAGUAUUUAAAGUGGUUUUCUAAGAAAUAUCUAAACUAUUCAAACAAACUAAAUAAUCAUGUAUGGGGGAAUACAUUUAUUUAUUACAAACAAGUUUUAAAAUGAUAUACCUACACAUAUUUAAUAUUUAAACAUUUUAAAAUUAUCAUUAAAAUGAAAACAUUUUACAAAAAUUAAUUUUUCAUUAAAUAUUUGAAAGCCAUAAAAAUAUUAUUUUAUUUAUUUAGUUAUGUUGAAGAUAAUAUUUUAUAUUGCAUUAAAAAUAUAAAAAUUAAAUAUUUUUAAUUUUUAUUUAUUAGCAUUAUCACCAUAAUCAUUAUUUAUUUGUACAGAAGAUGAAAAAGAUCAAGAAGAAAAUGCUAGUCUAGGGGUUUAUUGGCUGAUUAAAGCUUCAUCACAGGGACAUAAAGAGGCGACUGAACUUUUGAAACAAUGUCUUGAUACAGGAAAAGGUAUAUUCACUAAACAGUUUUAUUUAUUUAUAAUUAACCAUUUUCAAUUAUUAAUAGUUAAUUCCUACUUAUGUUUAUUAUUGCAUUAACCUAUCUGUUAAAUAUUUGAAUAACAUAUUUGGUUAGAACUUAUUAAAUGAUACAGUAAAUAAACUGUUAUAAAACCAAUACAAGAUGUGAUGUACACGUUAACACAUUACAUAUUAACUAUAGGUAGUUACUCUGUACAUAAUGCGAAGCAACUUUGUCUGUGCAUAGUAAUAAUUUUUAGGUGUGGAAUUAAUCUUAGAUUAUACCACUUUGUAUGUCAUAUUUUCAACGAAGAGUAAUCAUUUGACAACCAAACACUAAAGUGUUAGAAAAAGUUAAAUAUACUUAUGUACAGUGUUGUCUGCAGUAGUGUGCCGGUAGGUCAUUCGACAACAAUUUGCUCAAACUAUGUGGAGCAAUUAAGUAGACGUGGUACCCCCAUAUAAUCAUAACUAAUUUAGUUCAAAUAUAUAAUAAUUAAUACCUAUAUUAAUAAUUACACUGAAAUUUGUAUAUAUUGGACAUUUAUAAUAUCAUAAACAGUGUCCAUUAUAUGAAAGGUAUCCUUAUUAAUAGAGAGGUACGGAACGUGAUAUUGUAAAAAAAAAAAAUACUAUAAUAGCUAAGUGAUACGGAAUAAGCAUUGAUAGUCUUUUCAUUUUCUUCAUGCUUCUAAUUACUUCUGUCCCAAUUAACUUUAUCCUUAUUAUCAAACAUAUAAUCGGUAUUCAAAAUAGAACAGCAAUGCUGUUGUGUGACAUGUAUAUACACGUUUGCAAUAUAUUUGAUUUUAAACUAAGAUAGUCGUUCAUUAUUAAGGUAUUGGCGUACAAUAUUACUGUCUAUGCCCGUAAUAGAAAGAAUCUGUUAUAAACCGUCUGAAAUACAUUGGAAUAUCAAUCUUUUUGUCAGGACUUUAUUAUUUUAUCCAUUAAAGCUAGAUUUAUUAGAUAUUAGUUGAUAAUAAGUACACUACAAAUAUGCUCUAUUUGGUAAAUUUGUGUGUUAUUUGUAUGUAUUUACUAUUCUAAUAUGUUGAUUAAUAAUUUAUUUUUUCCAGGUAUCACUGAACAUAAUUGGUUAGAUGUUAAAGUUUGUUUGGAAACUUCUCAAGAGGAUAAAAUUAUUCAAAAAACUGCACAUGAAAUUUUUGAUAGGUAUGUAUAUAUUACAUUUUUAAACGAUAAGCAUGCCUCAUAAUUUUACUAUUUUGUGUGUGUUGUGCUUCAGUAUAUUUAAGUAAAAUAAAAAAAGUGAUCAAAUUGCACCAUUAUUAAUGAUUAGUGAUUACCUCAAAGUUAACACAACUAACUAUACAUUUAGCAUAAUAACAAAGAAAAUGAUUUUUUAAGAAAUAAUGAUAUGCUAUAUACUUAUAAUAUAAUUUUUUUUAUUGUGAACCUUUAUCUCAGAGGAUUUUAAUAAAUUACCUAUCUACAACUCUUCCCUACUCUUCUGGUCUAAAAUUUAAACUGUUAUAACUCAUAUGCGGUAAAUUUGAUAUUAGUGUUAUGCAUAUCAAAAUUUCUACGAAAAAAUUCUCUAUUCAAAUCUGUGUUUAAAAAUGAGGUUUUCUAUUUAAAAAAUCAAAAGUAUAUACUGAUUAAAAAAAAAAAAAAAAUCAAAUUCACUUAAAAUCCUCCGAGAUAAUUGCUGGUUCAUGAUAAAAUAAAUCAUCCAGUAUUUGUAUUUAUUACAUAAUUAUUUAUGUAGCUGUAGCCUAAAAGUAAAAAAAUUCAUUCUAUAAUGAAUAAUUGCAUUUUUAAUUUAUUUUGUAUACAAUAUAUUCUAGAAUGUCAGCUGGAGAAGACUUUAUAACAAGUGACCAAUUGAAAGAUGAAUUAAAUCAAGCAUGUAGUAGUACAUCAAAUGAUUCAGAUAUAAUAAAAGUAGAUGAAAACUUAAAAGAUUAUAAGCGUAUAAAACCAUCACGUCAAGGUAUUAAAAUAUAAGUACUCUAUAAUUAUUAUUCAUGUAAGAUGUAAGCUUUGCAAACAUAUUAAAUAUGAGUAUUUUAAUAAACUACAUUGUACAGUUGCUUGUAUAAUAAUAGAGAUGAGUCAAACUUUAAUUUCCAUUGCUUUUAAUCUAAAUUGUUUUCAAAAUAAUUUUAAAAUAAAAUAUAUAUUAUUUAUUUUUUAUUACCAAUUUUAAUACAUUUAUAAUUGUUUAUUUAGAACAUUUUUAAUUAUAACUAGUUUAUGUCAAUUUCAAAUACCAUCUAUUUAACUAUUCAUACAUUUAUUUACAAACAAAAAUUCUGAUUUAUUUUUAAUCUAGUUUUAAAUUAAUUGUUUGAACUUCUUAAUGCUGUAUGUGUUAUUAAAUUCACCAUUAUCAAAUCAAUAAUAUGCUGUAUAAAUUUAUUUGUGUAGAUUGGAAAUCUAGAAUAAAUGAAUCUGGUGAGAAACUCACUGAAGAUGUAUUACUGAAUGCUGCUAAAGAUUUUUCACGUGGGCAAAUGCCAAUUGUGCAAAAGAUACUUACCAUUGAAGAAAACAAAAAUCAUGUAUCUACUACCUGUGACUUAUUUCUUCAGCCAGUGUAUAUUAUUCACAAUUAUAAUCUUUGUCUUCAAGAGAGAUUAAAUAAACGAUUUUCCAAAUUAACAUUCAAUCCAUUCUCAUAUUUUCAUGCACCAACACUAUUAACAACAGUUCUUUGCUUUAUACUGGGCAUAGAUGGAAUUUAUAUAUUAAUUCCAUACAUUCUUUUUUAUGGAUCUUUACUUGGAAUGGUUGUAGCUACAGUAUGUGCACUAUGUGCAAAAAGGGAUUAUGGAAAUUUUCAUCGAUGGUCCAAUUUAUUCAUCCUAUAUAGUGGCGGUUCUCUUAGUGUUCAAGAAGCAGAAUAUCAAUACUUGAUGAACACCCUUAAGCCAUAUGUAUUCUUUUUUGUUUCACUGGGAGCACAUUUGUUUUUAAAAACUCUAAUUGAUUCAGACACUAUGUUUCAAUCUGAACUAACCAUUGUAUCCAUCUGUAUGACAUUUUAUACACUUUAUUCUUUUUCGGUAAAUAUGCUUUGUAUAUACAAUUUUUAUAAUACUAUUACUAUGAAUCUUAAAAUAAUUUAGUACUCAUUUAUUAUAAAAACGUGUACAUAUAUAUAUAUAUAUAUAUUACCUUUAAAAUAAAUCGCAAGUUCUACUUUUAAACUUUUAAUAAUAGUAUUAUUAAAAUUACAUUAUAGUAGUUUUUAAUGAAUUUUUUUUUCAGUUAUGUGGUCCGAAAUUAGGAAAAACUAAAAACCUUGAUUUAAUUGCAUUAUUGUCAUUCUGCGUUAAUGUUUUAGCAAAAUAUCCAUAUGAAACUGACACUGUAGUAAGUAAAGGUUGGAGAUUUCUUGAUUUGCAUGUACCAACAUUUGCAUCCUAUGUUAUUGGUUAGUAACUUGAAAUAUCAUUAAGAAAUAUAUUUCAUUAAUUAUGGAUAUUUAAUUUUCUAGGCAAUGGAGUUGAAUUCUGUCUUAACUUUAGAGCAUUAUUUUAUUUAAUAUUACCAGCGAUCAUGGUUAAAAUGGCAGCUCGUAAUAAUUGGAGAGGAAUUUAUACCGAUUUAAUACCACAUUGCAUGACUUUAUCAUGGUGGCAGAUGGCUUUGGUGGCAUCACAAGGUGGAUAACAUAAAAUUAAAAAUUAAAGGAAAUGAAAAUAAAUCACUAAUAUUAUUUUUCCUUAGAAUCUACUUGGUAUGGACUAGUUCGUAGUAUAUUAGCCUUGGUCUGUGUGUUUAUACUGUUUCCAAUUACUGGAAUUUUCUUACCAUUUGUCACUAUUGGCAAUGAUUUUGAAACCAUUUAUCAGAUUAUACAAUUACCUGUUGUUCUAAUAUUUAUGUGGAUAUUGCAUAUAAUAUUGCAACAUUUAAAACGGAAAGGUUUUCGCACUGAUAGGUUUUAUACAUAUUUUCAGGUAGUUGAAGCAGCAAUUUUUUAAUAUUAUAUUUAAAAAAUUAUUAAUUUGUAUUGUUUUAUAGGUUGCUAUUGUCCUCAUUGGUAUAACAAUUUGUGUUUUUAAUAAUUAUGAACGUAUACAACAAUGGAUUGAGCCAUACACUGACCAUCACUUAACUUAUAAUGAUUUCUCUGAGUUUUGUAAUAGGGGCUUUGGGAUAAAUUCUCAAGAAAAUAAUGUGUUAGUUGAUGUUGAAUGCUCACAACUGAUUGGCCAAAAUGUGCAAUGGGAUGGUUAUGUAAAAACAAGCAAGAUUGUGUCAGUAUAUAAUCCUAUAUUAGCUAUACUGAGCUUCUUCCCAACGGUAAAUUUAAUAUAAAAAUAUUAACUAUUACUAUUAUAUAAGAAAACAUGAUUUUUAAUUAUAGAUUAUAGCAAGACCAUUGACAUGUUUACUGGGUAAACAUUUUUCUACUUGUUCAGAAAGUUAUGGUUGCAAUGUGAGCUCAAAACUUUCAGAUCUAUGCCAUGUAUCUGAGUGGAAUCGUUAUACUUAUGAAAUAGAAAUAAAAAUGAAGAAUGAUGGUGUAUGGGGUAGUAAUGGUGAUACAAUAACAUUGUUUACAAAUAGUCAAGAUAUAAUAAUGGAUAAUGCAACAAAAAGUUUGAGAGAAAAUGACCACAUUUGGUUUUCUGGUCAAUUAUCUGGUAAUAAAUUUGGUGUAUUGACAGCAAAGAAUCCAUUUGUAAAAGUAUCUGCAAUUGGGUGUCUAGUGUGUUCCAAUUUGCAAAUGAUUAACAAUGUUAGACCAAAAUCAUUUGAUGAUGAAUUUUUCAAAUGUGCUAAAAGACUGAUUCAAUUUAUUUUGUAUCCCAUUGUAUUAUUUAAAUGAUCUUAACUAGAAAAAAUUAUCACUAUCCUACUAAAAUUGUAACUAGUUAACACUUAAAAUUUAAUAUUUAUUUUUAAAAAUGCUUUUUAUAAAGUAUAAUUUGCCAUGUUUAUUAUUUGAUUUGUAACACUUAUUUAUUCAAGUGCAAUAACAAACUAUAAUCGAAUUAAGAAAUUAACCAAAUAUUUGUUUUCAUUAUAUAUUAUUAUUAUAAAAAA